CUGGAGCCUCAAACCUGAUAGGAUGCUCAAAUUUAUUUUAAAAUAUUCUUAAAUAUAUAGGAUACUUGGUAAAUAAGAAAUAUAAUAGAUUUUUUAACACGUUAAAUUACCAUAAAAACAGAAGAAUAUCCUUUAAAAUUAAAAAUAUGAUAAUUACUGACCUUGAACAAAAUAUGUAGUUCAAAAUACACAUUAAAUAUUGUGAGCUAUUUCUCUCCUUAAUUGAAAUACUUUUACUACUUUAUCUAACAGCUUUCAUUUUCAUUAACAUAUUUUUUUAUAAUAAUACGUUCCUCAGAUACCAUUGGAAUGAGAUGCGUCUACUAACUGUACUGAUGAAGUGUUAUAAAGGCACUGUGCAUGAAUUUUCUUUGUGGAGCUAAUAAAAAAAGAUGCCGAGGUGGAGAAAAAUAAUUUUCACAUCUUCUUCAUUGUAAACAAUUUCGACUACUCCAAAAUGCUGUCAUAAUUUAAGUCGCAUAGUUAUUUGAAUAUGGUUGAAAACAAACCUUAUCAGAAGAAGUUUGAUAAGAAAAGAUUAGUGCAACGUUAUUACUAUCAGUUUUUGUCCUAAUUUCAGUAUUGUCUGAGUGGUUUGAAAUCAUGAGAAUUUCUAGUAAUAGUAAAAGUGCGGAUUCCUGAUAAUUGUUUUUUUCUAGUUGCAAUAGUAGUGCGAGCCAAUUAUUUUUUAUUUUAUUUUAUUUUAUUUUUUUUUAUCAAUAAAGUGAAAGUGAAUAGUUUAAAUGUUCUUUUUAAAAAAGUUGUAAGCAGUUGUUAUUAUUAUAAUUUGAUCUCCAUGUUAAAAUCUUCUGUUGAGAGGAACAUGUCAGCGCAAGACCCUGAGAAAGCCUUGGAUAAUUUAAUGACUGAUGAACCACCUGAGACUGACAACAAAGAAAUGACAACAAGACCAGACGCUCGCACCGCUCGUCUCCUCAAGGUGACCAGCCUGGUUACCUUAACUCUACAGAAUGCUGUCCUCGGCCUCAGUAUGCGCUAUUCCCGCACAAGGGAAGGCCCUAUGUUCGUUUCGUCUACUGCCGUAGUUAUGGCCGAAUGGGUGAAAUUAGUCGUUUGCCUGUUCUUGGUUUAUCAUCAGCAUGAAAGCUUUAGGGCUUUCAGGAAGGAUCUCUAUCGCACUGUCAUCGCUAAUCCGAUGGAUACCAUUAAAGUCUCUGUUCCAUCGUUUGUCUACAUCUUACAGAAUAAUCUAUUAUACGUAUCAGCUUCACAUUUAGAUGCUGCCACUUAUCAGGUCACUUACCAACUGAAGAUUCUAACUACUGCUCUGUUUGCAGUGCUAAUGUUAAAACGUAAACUGUUGCCGACACAGUGGGGUGCACUCAUACUCUUAGUUGCAGGAGUGGCAAUGGUCCAGAUCUCUGGCUCAUCAGAAGCAUCGAAACCGAGUACAGACGGCCCUGCUCAGAAUAGGCUCAUCGGAUUCGCGGCCGCACUCGGGGCUUGCUUUCUAUCGGGUUUUGCUGGAAUCUAUUUCGAAAAGAUCUUGAAAGGCUCCGACAUUUCUGUUUGGAUGAGGAACGUUCAACUCAGCCUUCUAUCGCUGCCUUUCGGCUUCAUGACAUGCCUUAUCUCCGAUUGGAACAAAGUUGUGCACAUGGGUUGGUUCUAUGGUUACGACUACUUCAUCGCAUAUCUGAUUGUAUUACAGGCUGCUGGGGGUAUGGUUGUAGCUCUGGUCGUCAAGUAUGCAGAUAAUAUUCUCAAGGGCUUCGCGACAUCCCUCGCUAUAAUAAUCAGCUGUUUAGCAUCUGUGUACUUAUUCAACUUUAGGAUAACUAUAUUAUUUACCAUAGGUGCUAUGCUGGUCAUCGGAUCGAUAUUUCUGUAUAGUAAACCAGGCAAAGUUGAAAAACCACCCGUGAAGUCAAAAAUUAAUGAAGACGUAUAAUAAAAAAAGAAUCUCCAUAGUGAUUGUGGACAUUAAUUAUAAUCAGUUGAUAUAAACAUGAAAUAAGACUGUAUUUAUCAAUAUUCAAUUUUAAUAUUGAUAAUUUUAUUAUACGAUUGUGAUGUAUAUAUUUAUAAUCUUCAGUCUUCUGAUAUAUAAAUUAUGUUAUAAAUACUGUCAUAGUUAUCACUAUAAUUAAAAUAUCAGGUGAUACUUUAAUUAUCUACUGAUGCAUUAGCAUAACGUAUUUAUUUAUUUUUUUGCUUUUCGGUUUGAUGUUUCUUUUGUACUGUUAAUUUUGUUGUUUUUUCUUUAUACUUCCUCCUCUAGUGUUAUUAAUAUUUAUUCAUAUUUGUUAUUAUUAGUAAUUAAAGUAAUUUUUACUUUGAAAGAAGGUAAACCAUUAUUACACAGGCAGUGCACCUUGUAACUUGGAAUAUAUCAAAUUUAGAAAUAAAUGACCUGUUACAGCUAACAACGUUUGUUUAAUGGGGUUACAUUAUUUUGCGGUAUAUUAAAUUGAUAUAUGUAUUAGGUCUCAUGUUCGUGGUCUGUAAGUAUGGAUAUGUUAAAAAGAAACAUAUCCAUUCGGUCAAACUUCGGAGUGAAUCACAACUCCGUGGCAUGCUUCCUUCCCUAAUUUAACUGUUCCUUUCACUCGCACUGAAUGUUCCUUCAAAAAAUGAGGAACUGUAUUUCCUACACUACUAUAUAAUUAAUAAUAAUAAUAAUGCUUAGCGAACCCGAAGGUUCGAUGCCAAUAUCACCAAUCGAUGUCUGCAUUCAUCCUUCUACCGGGUGCCCAAACUCAGGAAUUUGUAUUAUAGGUAAAAAUUAUGAGUGAUAAUUAACAUAAUCAAUUUAAUUACUGUAAAAUGAUCAAUAUAAUACUAUAUAUAGCAAUAAAUUGAUACAUAUGUUUGUAUAUUGGACUUAUAAUUGUUUAUUGCUUUUUUGAAUAUUUAUUUGAAAAUAUGGUAGCAAAGGUAUUACAUAUUUUAUUUUUUUCCUGGGAAGUUGUCAAUUUAUUAAGUUGCUUGGCAAUAAUAACUUCCAAUUAUUAACAAUACGAGUAUAUUUUUAACAUAUAUUUAACCUUUUAUUCCCAUCUUCAGAACUGCAAUUCCAAUACUCUUGUGGAUGCAAGGCUUAAUUCUAAUGAUUAUAAUAAUGUGCUCCAUCGUCAAUUUUCUAAUUUAUGUUCUAAAUUUUAUCAUGCUUUAGGCAGAAACCCAAUUAUUGGUCAAAAGGAGA